AUGCCACUGCUUUGGUCGUCAGCAGCACAGCAGGAGGAGCUGCAGGGUCACACGUGGAGGAUAUCAGGCCCGCUUACAGAGGGCAAACCUGGGCUUGUCACUGGGGAGUGUCCUGGGAAUAUGGAACAAAGACACUUCCCCACAUGCAAACGCUGCAGCAGUGACACUCCCAAACCUGGAAUGACCUUGUUAUUGCAUGAAUGUACUGGCACAUCCCAUAUGCCUCCCAGUCCCCCGGGAUAG